UUAUGGACUGACAUCUGACAGCAGCUCCUCUUUUCGCACAGCUACCGGACUAAUAAUUCCUCUUCCAACUUCUCUCUGGUUCCUCCUCAGAUUGGCACUUGGUGAUAUUUACAUAAUCAACAGAGGACCCUGACGUCCAGGUCCAGCCCUUGUCCUCUUCCUUGUGCAAUGCCAAAGAGUGACACCUGGCCAGGCGGCGUUGCCAUGGAAUCCUUGAGCAAUAUGGACAGUGCUGGUAGCUGUGACAGUGUAAUCAGCAUGAACUCUGGCUUUAGUGAAGACAGCCUGGAACACCUGUCUGCAGAGGAGAGAGCGUGUCUCAUGUAUCUGGAGGAGACGAUUGAGGCUCUGGAGGUCCAGGAGGACAGUGGCUUGUCCAAUGAUGAGCCAGAUCCAGGCCGGCAGGCAGCAAAAAUGGCCUGCCACUUCCCUGCCAUGGGUCAGAUUAAAAUGGAUGAUGCAUCCAGUUUGAUUCAUGAUGAGUCCGGACAUGACCAGAAGUCAUUUCUCAGUUGUGGAGUUCCCACACCACUUCUCCUAGCCAACGGUGUAGCUAGUCUCCCACUCAGAGUGCCAGCAUCCACAGCUGAACCCAAAACACCUGAGGUUCCUGAACAUCACACUCUCAAUCAAGCCUGUGAACCACAGACCACAGCAGAUGCAAGCGACCCAAAGGCUCCCGCACUGGCCACCGAGGAGGUAGAAUCGCCUAUAGACCUCAUGACACAACCUGAUACUCCAGUCACUGAUUCAGAAAACCCUCCAUCUGCUGCUCAGACUGAGAUGCUGGAUUCAGCCACUAAUGAAGAUAACAAUGCUAAGAGUGCCCCUUCAAAUUCUAGCUUUUACACAAGUCAUUCUGUUGAGGCCUCUGAGAUAGAUCUUGGUCUGAUCCCGCCUCCCACAGACUUCAGGGAUGAGCCAGAGCCUCCUCCUCCAGAGCCAGAGGAGGAGAAAGAGCUUUCUCUGUCUGCAGGGACACCAACUGCAAAGUCUUUGACGUCUAUUAAAGUGGAGGAGCUACGCAAGAGAGCCUCUACAAAGAAAACCCCAGACAGUCCCUCUGUAACCGAAGAGCCUCAACUAAAUUCUCCAGCUGAAGUGCCUGACAGUCCCAGUGCACAUGACUGUCAAUCAAUACCCAUCCCUCUUCCUGAGACUGCUGAGCCCAGAGGUCCACCGGCUGUUGCCCCAAAACCUAAGAAACUUCCUUCCAACAUCAUUCUGAAGUCCCACAGGGCCUCAGUAGCAGGCUCUGAUGGUAACUUAGCACACUCUGUCUCACCUACCAAUGACAGGCUGUUGUUGGACCCCCAGAGAGUUCGCAUGGAGGCCCUCCGAAAACUUGGCUUACUGAAAAGUGAUGAGGCAGAUGUGGGCCCUGCCUUGAGCCCUAAACAUUCACCCAAGUCUAGGAGGUCUUCGGCAGUCCCCUCUUCCCCUAGCAGCCCAGCAGCACCCCAUACCCCGACAACUCCAUCAGCACCAUCUUCUCCCCUUGUCACCAGCCCAGGUCCUGCUUCGAUCCCUGUCUCGAUUCCAGCCACUGUGCCACCACUAUUGACUUCCGCAGCUGUUGUCCAGCGCCCUGAUAUUCUCCCAGCCCCCGCUGCUUUUAGUGACCCCAUCAAACCUCUGCCAUCACACAUUGAAGUGCCCUCUAUCAUGGAUGUCUCAGAGCCCACAGUUAAUGUGAAGGCUCAAAGUAAUACGCCUCCCCUUACCCCUCCUGCCAUGGCCAAGCAGUUAACACCACCGCGGGGCAUAGGUGUUAAAUCAGCCACACUGGAGCGGUCUGGCAUGGGUCUAAGUAGCUACAUGGCUAGCCAAGAAUUCAAUGAGGCUGGCCAGGUUGCCAGGGCUGAGCCUAGCCGCAGUCAGUUGCGUAACACUCGGCCACGUCCUGCCUCCCUGGGCAGCAGGAAAGAGUUUUCAAGUGUUCAGGGAGAGGGUUCACAGGCCACCAGCACAGACAAAGACACAAGGAAGUCCCUGCCAGCGCCCACUGUUGCCCAGCACAGCAGGGACUCCCAGAAACUGCCUCGAUCCCACGGCAUCAGUGUGUUGAUCUGCCCUCGUGCAGCAAACGGAGAAGACCGCCGUGAGGCUCUGAAGAAGCUGGGGCUGAUCAGGGACUGAGGUUGUGGAAACAAAUCCCACAUCCUCCUCAACCGCCAUGGACUCCCAUGAGAUACUUUAUUUAAGGGAACCUAGAUACAGUGUACAUGAUUGAUGAAGGCAUCAUGAAACUUUCUAAAAGCAGUGUACCUCAAUACAUUUAUGCUCUUUCCUUUUUAUUGCAUUACACUGUUGCAGCCAGAGACUGCCUUACAUGAACUGAAUACCAUGAAUAUCACACCUAUGCUGCCGUGUAAUUGUUACUUAUACUGUAUAGUACUAUGUAUAGUAGUGUUUGGGUUUUUUUUUUUUCUUCAAAACUGGCAAUGACAGACCUCACUGACUUUGACUUUCUCUUUGUAGCUAUGGAUAUGUAAGUUAAAGACUAGAUUGUAGGAGGCAGUGAUUUAAUUUUUAUGUAAUUUUAAAAUCAAGACAAUAGACCCCUUGGUCUUGAAAUAUAUGAAUCUUCCUCUGCCUUUCUGUCUGCUUUCCCAAAUGAACAAUUAUUUGUUUUGUUGAGGCCCAGUCUCCUCUUAGUUCCCUUUUUCAUUACUGUAAAAGGUCAUGGUUAGUAAUGCUUUCACUUCUAAAAUCCCUUAAUAUCCAUAGUCACAGUAAAAGAACUUUUUAGCAAGUACUGGUUAAUUUUCAGAGUUGCUCAGUGCAGUGUGAAAACAAAAAGCUUUUUCCAGUGCUGGUUUGGACUAGAUAAAGGAAGAGACAGAGAGAUUUUCCUGCACAUCCAGAACUUAACUUAGUGUAGCUCAGAGCAACAUAUAGUGAGUGGCUAGCUGGUGAUAAGAAUCUGAAACAUGUGGUUUGCGUGGUUUCAGCAAUGACAGACAUGUCAAACCUCACUAGCUUGUUACACAGCAGCUAUUCAUAGUGCCAAUAUUAGUCUGUUAA